UCAGCUAUAAAUCGGACCAUAGCUCUGAAGCAGCUCUGUUCAUGUUUGAGUUGAAGAGCAAAAACAAAACCGAAUUGUAAGACCUUGUUGUUGAUCUUGUUGAAGAGCAAAAAUGUCUUGCCUUUCCGAUCUCAUCAACCUCAAUCUCUGCGACUUCACCGACAAGGUGAUUGCAGAGUACAUUUGGGUCGGUGGAUCUGGUAAAGACGUCCGAAGCAAAGCCAGGACUAUUUCAGGGCCUGUUACCGAUCCCUCUAAGCUUCCCAAGUGGAAUUAUGACGGUUCUAGCACUGGCCAAGCCCCUGGACAAGACAGUGAAGUCAUCUUAUACCCACAAGCUAUUUUCAGGGAUCCUUUCAGAAGAGGAAACAAUAUUCUUGUGAUUUGUGAUUCUUACACUCCGGCUGGAGAGCCGAUUCCGACGAACAAGAGACAUGCGGCGGCGAAGAUCUUCAGCCAUCCUGAUGUAGUGGCUGAAGAGCCCUGGUAUGGAAUUGAGCAGGAGUAUACGCUAUUGCAGAAGGAUGUUAAAUGGCCCAUUGGAUGGCCCAUUGGGGGGUUUCCUGGGCCUCAGGGGCCAUAUUACUGUAGUGCUGGCGCUGACAAAUCAUUUGGGCGUGACAUCGUUGAUGCUCACUACAAGGCUUGUCUAUAUGCCGGUGUCAACAUUAGCGGCAUCAACGGUGAAGUCAUGCCUGGUCAGUGGGAAUUCCAAGUUGGUCCUUCGGUGGGAAUAUCAGCAGCAGAUGAACUGUGGGUUGCUCGGUACAUUUUAGAGAGGAUUACGGAAAUUGCGGGUGUGGUUCUUUCUUUCGACCCCAAACCAAUUCAGGGUGAUUGGAAUGGAGCUGGCGCCCAUACAAACUACAGUACCAAGUCCAUGAGAAAAGAGGGAGGUUAUGAGGUGAUCAAGAAAGCAAUUGAGAAAUUGGGGCUAAGGCACAAAGAACACAUCGCGGCAUACGGAGAAGGCAACGAGCGUCGUCUAACUGGUCGACACGAAACAGCUGACAUCAACACUUUCUUAUGGGGCGUUGCGAACCGAGGAGCUUCGAUCCGAGUCGGGCGAGACACGGAGAAAUCGGGCAAAGGGUACUUUGAGGACAGAAGGCCUGCCUCUAACAUGGAUCCUUACACAGUCACUUCCAUGAUUGCAGAAACUACCAUCCUUUGGAAGCCAUGAAUUUUGAGCUUACCUAAAUCUUUGUUCAUUGGGUUUCAUAAUUUCCAAGAGUUUUUACCCACAAGAGAAAUUGGUUCUUCUUUUUAUUCUUCUUUUUUAUCUUAAUUCAGUUGCAAAAGGGGAAACUUUCACUUUAAGUUAAAAUGUAAUUGAAAGUUAAAUAAUAAAGUUAGGAUUAGGAAAAGGGGGUUGUGGAAUUUUGUACCAAUAAAAACAGUUGUGGGUUGAUUUUUAGCUC